CCCAAUAUAUCAGGAACCCUCUAGAACAUCAAAUUGUCAGACACAACAACCUCUGCUCCGAUAUAAAAGUCCAGCGAUCCAGAGUCGAUAGGCUACAAACAACAUCCCAAUCGUACACUACACAAACAGGAACUGCUAUCGCGCGCACAUUGAUCGUUUGCUCUCCGCACCUCGAGAGCAUUUUUCCCCUUCAGUAUUCUUCAGUGCCCAGGGAGAAUCAAUGGCGGACGACAUCAGCGCAAUCCCCAGCGUGGAGGAGGAGGCAAUAAGGGGGCUCGAAGAGGAGGAGGACGAGACCAUGGAUGAGCUGGGCGGCGAGCCCAUGGAUGGCCUCGACGGCGACGAGGGGGAGGAAGACUUCCCGGCGGCGAUGAAGGUUGGGGAGGAGAAGGAGAUCGGGAAGCAAGGGCUGAAGAAGAAGCUCGUCAAGGAGGGCGAGGGCUGGGACCGGCCCGAGACCGGCGACGAGGUCGAAGUGCAUUACACGGGAACUCUCCUCAACGGCGAGAAGUUCGAUUCAAGCCGCGACCGCGGGACUCCGUUCAAGUUCAAGCUCGGGCAAGGAGAGGUGAUUAAGGGAUGGGAUCAGGGCAUCAAGACCAUGAAAAAGGGCGAGAACGCCAUCCUCACCAUCCCGCCUGAGCUCGCCUAUGGAGAGACGGGCUCCCCGCCCAAGAUCCCCCCGAACGCCACGCUCCAGUUCGAUGUCGAGCUCCUGUCGUGGGCCAGCGUCAAUGACAUCUGCAAGGAUGGCGGCAUCUUCAAGAAGGUUCUGGUCGAGGGCCAGAAAUGGGAGAACCCCAAGGAUCUCGACCUAGUUCUCGUCAAGUACGAGGCGAGACUUGAGGAUGGAACCGUUAUUUCCAAGUCCGAUGGUGCUGAAUUCGCAGUGAAAGAUGGUCACUUCUGUCCGGCACUUUCCAGAGCUGUGAAGACCAUGAAGAAGGGCGAGAAGGUCCUCCUCACUGUCAAGCCACAAUAUGGCUUUGGGGAGCAAGGGAGACCAGCUUCUGGAGUCGAAGGUGCUGUGCCCCCAAAUGCUACCUUGCACAUUGACCUUGAGCUGGUCUCUUGGAAGACGGUGACACUGAUAGGCGAUGACAAAAAGAUCUUGAAGACUGUGCUCAAGGAAGGUGAAGGCUAUGAGCGACCCAACGAUGGCGCAGUUGUCCGAGUGAGACUCGUCGGGAAGUUGGAGGAUGGUACUGUGUUCACCAAGAAAGGACAUGAAGGUGAUGAACCAUUUGAGUUCAAGACGGAUGAGGAGCAGGUCAUCGAAGGGCUGGACAUAACGGUGGUCACCAUGAAGAAAGGAGAGGUCGCCCUUGCGAGAAUACCACCUGAGCGUGCGUUCGGAUCCACUGAAACGAAGCUUGAUCUAGCAGUGGUUCCUGCCAAUUCCAGAGUGUAUUACGAAGUGGAGCUUGUUUCAUUUGAGAAGGAGAAAGAAUCUUGGGAUUUGAAGAGCAACACGGAGAAGAUUGAAGCAGCUGCCAAGAAGAAAGAUGAAGGGAAUGUGUGGUUUAAGAUGGGAAAGUAUGCCAAGGCUUCCAAGAGAUAUGAUAAGGCUGCAAAGUACAUUGAGUAUGACAGCUCUUUCACUGAGGAUGAGAAGAAGCAAUCUAAAGCACUGAAGAUCAACAUCAAGCUCAACAACGCUGCGUGCAAGCUGAGACUGAAAGAAUAUAAAGAAGCAGAGAAACUCUGCACAAAGGUUUUGGAACUGGAGAGCACAAACGUGAAGGCCUUGUAUAGAAGGGCUCAAGCAUACACCGAGCUUGUCGAUCUGGAACUGGCAGAGAUGGAUAUCAAAAAAGCACUGGAAAUUGAUCCAGAUAACAGGGACGUGAAGAUGGCGUACAAGGCGCUCAAGGACAAGGUGAAGGAGUACAACAAGAGGGACGCCAAGCUGUACGGCAACAUGUUCGCGAAAUGGAGAAAGGUGGAAAGCGCGGAGAAGGUGCCCGGGAAGCAGGAAGCGCAGCCUAUGGCCAUCGACAGCGCCGCGUGAUUACGAAAGAGCUUUGCCAUGUUUAACAAUGAUGUUUCGUCUUUAGAACAUCCUGCUCUCGAUAGAUGGUGUUUUGAACUGUUUUGUAAUUUAAUUGUUAUCAUCGUCGUGUCAUGCUCAUGUCAUCAUUAAUGACAUGAGCAUGGCAAUAUUUUGCCAUGUCAAUUAGCAUCAUGACACAUGAGAUGUUAAUCACUUGCAUUAAAUUUGUUACUUCAUGUUGCUUUGUCA